AUGUUCAAGUACAUUGGUACAUUGCAGUGUGUCCACAACAUUCUACAGGAGUUCUCAUUGACCUGGCAGGCCAUCGGGACAUACAAAUUGUCCGACUUGCUGCAAAUCACGCACGAGGGGCGCCAGACAGAUUGGGGAUUUGGCGCAUCAGCAGCCAUCAAAGCGUUGCGUUGGUUACAGAAAACUUUACAAAUUCCGGCUUGGAGUACUUUGCAUGGACCAGUUGUCAAUUCAUUUUUGAAUCCAAAAAUUCAUGAACGUAAGGAAGCCAUUCCUUUGAGCCUAUUCAUCGUCACACAGUGGGAACGACGAUUACUGAUGAAGGACUGUCCUUUACAGGAUCAGGUCGUUCUGGGUGGCUUCCUUUGUAUGCUGUGGGCAGGCCUGAGAUUCUCAGAUGGACAGCGCAUCAACUUGCAAUCAUUAUCAUGGUGCAUCACGGCACUGCGUGGCUCAUGCUUUCAGACUAAAACAACUAAAUCCGGCCAACCUUGGGCCCUGCAGGCGAGGGGUUUCCUGUCUCGAGGCGAUUGGUCAUGGACAGCUCAGUGGUUGGUGGCGCUGGAUACCAUUUGGGGACCUAUGCACAACGCUCAGACUGCCGGUGAUUUUUUGCUUCCCAUGACAUUGGACACUGGAUUUGUGCAGCCUAUGAUUCCCAUGAGUUACUCUCAAGCAUUGAAGUGGAUGCGAUUUAUGUGCACACUGCCCUGGAAACUUUCAGACACACCAAUGUCUGCCAAUCCAAAUGAUUACACGUUGCAUUCAUUGAAGACCACUACUUUGUCUUGGUCCAAUCAGUUGGCCCAGCAGGGCCUCGUGACGGAGGAGCAGCGACACCUCCAAGGCCACCAUCGACGUGGCAGCAUGCGCCUCUACAGCCGGGAUGACACCGCCGGCCAGCUGGCACUGCAGGACACCCUCAUCACCCAAGUGCAAUCUGGAUAUCGAUUUGUGACACCGUUGCAUCGUGGAUCACAGCAACCGAUCCGUGAACCCCCAGUCAAAUUAGAAAGCUUUGCCAAGUCAUACCAAGAGCACCGAUGGGCAUUUUUUCCAUUCAACAAUGCUGUCAAAGACCCUCUGUUGAAAGGUCAGCCAACGGCACUUGCCACCAUUGACUCAGGGGAUGAGAUCACAGUGGAAAGAUCAUGGUCUGAAUCUUUCGCCCCCAAGCUUCAGGCGAACACAGUUUCGAAAUUGAAGAAACAAUUUUUGGACGACUAUCCAUCAGAGGUCCUUAGCCCAGACACGAUGCCCAGUUCUCGCUUGCUUUCAAUGGCGUUUCAGCAUCAUAGCAAACGUGAGUAUCCAUGGAUCCCUUGGCGUUAUCGAAUGUCACAAUCCAAAAUGGAUGAUAUGGUGAUUUACCAUAAGCCCAAAGUCCCCCGCAUUGAGGGUCUUCAAUUACACCAGUUGUUGCUGGACGAACCUCCGGCCUUGGACAUCAACAACACUGGGAUGGGCGUGAACGCAAUCCGCAACAUGAUGGAUAUUCACAACACUGCGAUGGCAUUAGUGGGAGCAUGUCAUCUCCAACGAUUGCGGGCAUACUCAUUACGCUUCAUGAGCUUCUUGACCCAGCGUUUGGACGGAGAUUCUGGACUCCGGACGCCGAACGUACUGGAGGCACAGGCAGCAGACAAACAACUAUGGAAUCUUAUUCACGAAUUGGUGUUGGAUCAAGGAUUUACAUUGGACAACGCCUUACAUGAGGUGACUCACCUGAGGGCGGACAUGGCCUCCCUUUUGCAGCCAAGAGCCAAGGUCACCUCACGACCUAUGGGUUCAACCUCAUCUUCGGCCUCGACCACUACAGCCCCCAAGGGCAAGAGUAAGGGAAAAGGCAAAUCCAAAUCCAUUGGCAAGAACACCAGAGGCGAAGCUCAAGGACGACCAACUUGGGUGACAGAAGCAACGAUUCAGGGCAAGAAGCAGCAGCUCUGUAUGCAAUUCCAAUCUGGUCGCUGUCAGAAGGGUGAUCUCUGCAAGUUUGGCCACUUCUGUGCCUAUCCGCUUGCCUUCCUGGUCUCACUCCAGCCCAAUUUGACCGAGUCCAAGCGAGCUAUGAACUGA